GUCUGCGAUGUGAUAAUGUCGGAUCACGCCCCGAAGUGCGCCCUAGAUUUUUAGAAUAAAUAUCAAAUAUCAUCGCUACAGCGUUCCAUUUGCAUUGAUUGCAUUGUCCUGCCGGUGCCGGCCCAGCGCUGCAACCCAAAACGGCAUUUCUGUGUAGCUGCCUUCAUUAAAUCGUACAUCGAAUCAUUACAUUAGUAAAGAGACAAUUGUGUUUAGCUUUAAUCAUUUCCUUGCCUCUGUAAUCUUUAACGAUUUGACUGUUAGCUUUUUUAGUGUUGUGAAAUGCCGCGAAAACCGUGUUAUUGGACGCGAAAAUUAGAGCUGGAUCUCGUCGAGUUCGUGCGACAAAGAGACUUCAUUUGGAAACCAUUUGGAAACACUAACCAUCACAUACAGCAGAAGUACAAGGCCUAUGCUGAGUUUGCUGCGAAACUGGGCGGUGGAUUUACUGCUCGCUCUGUCCGUGAUCGCUGGGUGAACAUACGAAGUACGUACAACCACAACGUGCGACGUAUCGAGCGCUCCAAGGAGACUGCCAAGACUCUUGAAGAGGUAUAUGUGCCAUGCUGGCCACUAUGGAAACCGCUGCAGUUUCUCCGGGAAGGUUCUAGAAAAGAGGAUGUCUAUGAGGGCUAUGCAAUGGACUUCAAAGAGACUGACAAUGUGGAGGUUAAAGUUGAGUUUGAAGACAUGGAUGACCCAGAACUUCUACAAAUCCGACAGCGAGGCCAGAGAACUGACCGACCUAGACGCAGAGCUCCCAUAUCUAAAAAGAAAAAGAAUACUAAGUGUAAAAAAGUCCUGGACGAUCUCCUUAUUGCUAUGAAGCCGUUAGUGUCCGAUGUUCCUUCGGAGACCAAUAAUUACUGGUUCUUUAGUCGUCAUGUCACUGAGCGAUUGAACAGUAUGAGGGAAGAGGAUGCCCUGGCAGCAGGCCAAGAGAUCAUGAAGCUAUUGGAGUGGCCUGUUACUGACAUUACUUGAAGACAGCUUGGCUGAGUGGGCUUCUAAACCUCUGUAGAAGUAUUGAACUCUUCAGCAGCUACUUUUUGAAAUGAUGAACACAAUAUUUUGACGGAAGAUUGACUUCACUUGAAUUCUGAGUAAAUCCUUGAAAUGGUACCAAGAAUGCAAAACUUAAUAAAAAAAAUAGAAAUCUGUUGUCAGUCUACUAGUUAAGGCUGGCGUCCAUUAAAGUCGAAUCGCGUCGAAUCGAGACGCAUUUUUUCCGUGUACGUUCAUCACAGACGAAUCGAAGCGAGUCGAAGUCACGGGAACCUGUGCUGAGGUCGUGCUUGCUGUGCUGAAGAAAUGCUAUUGUUUCAAAUUCUUUUUGAAGAAGAAGAGUGCGAGAGAACAAGAAAGCGACGAGUGCACAAACACUGGGUACACGAUACCGACUAUCUUAAUGAUCGUACAGUUCACGAUAUUUUUGGACAAGAGAUAUCAAUAAUUCUUCGUUCAUUUUGAAUCUAGAUCCGAAAGUAUACCUAAACUCAAAAUCGAAACCCCCCGUUAUCACUCAUCCGCUACCCCGCGUCCACUGAGGCGCGCCGAGUCGAGUCGAAACGCGUAGCCGCAGAAAUUCGCCUGACGAGCAAUGCGCGCGGUAGAUUCGAACAGUCCAGUUAAAAGUCUGUGUGUCAUUUGCUUGUGGCCAUAAUUAUCCCUUUCUAACUCCUUUUUAUGCAUUCCUCAGGAUGUAUUUAGGAGUUCGUCUGUAUACAAACAGUUGUUUUUCAGCAAAAUAAAAAAAUACUUAUCUCUUUGGUUUUCUGAAUAACACAUUCUCUCAACUGUUUUAAUAUCUGUGUUGUGGCACAAAAAAAUUGUCAAUUAAUCCAAAGAUAAAAAAAACUUGUAAGUUCGACAGAUGAUGUUCUGCCAAAAAAGAUUGCUGUUAAUAAAGGUAAAAUAAAAAAAUAGCACACAUCUUUGAAAUUCGAUUAGUAGCUAUUGGCGGUUGUUGUUCGUUUUCUUAUGUUAUCAUAAUUGGAUUGUUUGGGGUAACGAAUUCGAAAGAGUUGUCGAAUUGCUUUCUAUCAUUUUCCUAAAUUUGUAUGAGUAAUGAGCCUGUCUAUACACCAAAAUAGAACUUGAAAGAUAAUUUAAUAAAAGUUAAGAAAUCUGCUGUUAGCCUUGCAGUUAGUAUAGGUUUGUAAUUUACUUGUGAUCAUAAUUACCUUCUCUUGUC